UACUAGGCAUUUCAUCCUGCGGUUCUGCAGUCUUUGCUCUUCAGUGUGUUGCUCAGUUGGAAUGCUUCUGUGGGGCUGAUCCUGAGGUUCCGUAGAUAUUUUUUAAGGACCUACUCAUUGGAGGUAUUAGUGGCAUUUUGCAAGAUCAUCUGAGGAACGGGGAAGCAUCUGAAAUCUACUGAAAAGGGUAACUGUAGCGGUUUUUACAGUGGAAGGAAACUACUGGCACAGAGCAGAUGAUUGAAUAAAGUAGUUGGCUCAAAGAAGAUGCACAGUCUGCUGUUUUUUCCUGUGAAUGAAGACUAUUUAAUGGAAGCUGUAUUCAUGUGGAGAUCAAAGGAAACACUGGAAUGAUAAACUACUGGGCUUUUUUCUCUUUUUUUAAAAUGAAAAGCCUGAAGCAGUAAUUUGAGCUCAAAUGCCUUCUAAUUCCUUCGCAGCCUGCCUGUUCCAUUAGGAUCCUCUGCUAACACUCUUUCUGCCUGGUGCUGUGCCCUUUUGCUGGAGCAGCCACAGACAACUGCCUGAUGGAGAAAGAAUGAACGCUCUGCCUUGCUUAUGCUAUUGAUGGGAAUAAAGCUAUCUGUGUUUCUUCUAUUACAUGGGAUAUCUGGAUUAAUCAAGCUGUAUUCUAGUACCAAGAGUCCUAUUGUCUCUUGUGGUCUGACUCAUCGCAUGUAAAUGUACUGCAGCUUUGCUAUUAAUGCAGAGUGUUGUUUUGUUUUGUUUUCUUUCCCAAACACAGAAAGAAUUGUCAACCUCUGAGCUUUAUUUUAAGAAUUUGUGCUGAGCUCUAGAUAUUUUUUUUUUCUGGAUAAUAUCUGUAUUAAACCAGAAGCUGAAGAAAUGAAGACAAGUUAGAAGUGGAAACAAAAUACUGCGCUGUUCAGAGAAUGAUCCUAAGUGUUGUACAGAAGAGGAGAAACUACUUGUGCUCUUCCAACUGUGACUUUUAUCACAUAGCUUGGGAUUUAGUAUUUUAAAAGAGCGAAUGAGUCGAGUGUGUAUUGUUGUUUUGGAGGAGGUAGAAGAUGAAUCUCCUGCCUUCAUUUCUAAAUUGCCACAGGAAAAUAAAUCCCUACAUUCACCACCUUCUGGAAGUGUAUUGCCAUCACUGGUGCAAGCUAUAUUUAAUGGAGAUCCUGAUGAAGUUCGAGCACUAAUAUUUAAGAAAGAAGAUGUUAACUUUCAGGACAAUGAAAAGAGAACUCCACUGCACGCUGCUGCCUAUCUUGGAGAUGCAGAAAUCAUUGAACUGCUUAUUUUAUCUGGAGCUAGAGUUAAUGCCAAAGACAGCAAAUGGUUGACACCUUUACACAGAGCAGUUGCAUCUUGUAGUGAGGAAGCAGUGCAGAUACUUUUGAAGCAUUCUGCAGACGUUAAUGCUCGAGACAAAAAUUGGCAAACCCCUUUACACAUAGCUGCUGCUAAUAAAGCUGUAAAGUGCGCUGAAGCUUUGGUACCUCUUCUGAGUAAUGUAAACGUGUCUGAUCGAGCGGGGAGGACUGCAUUACAUCAUGCAGCUUUUAGUGGACAUGGUGAGAUGGUCAAACUACUCUUGUCUAGAGGUGCCAAUAUUAAUGCUUUUGACAAGAAAGAUAGACGGGCUAUUCAUUGGGCAGCAUAUAUGGGUCACAUUGAAGUAGUGAAAUUACUUGUGGCACAUGGAGCUGAAGUGACAUGCAAGGAUAAGAAGUCUUAUACACCUCUUCAUGCAGCAGCCUCUAGUGGAAUGAUCAGCGUAGUCAAGUACCUUCUGGAUCUUGGAGUUGAUAUGAAUGAACCAAAUGCCUAUGGAAAUACACCUCUUCAUGUAGCCUGCUAUAAUGGACAAGAUGUUGUAGUGAAUGAACUUAUAGACUGUGGUGCUAAUGUAAAUCAAAAGAAUGAAAAAGGAUUUACUCCUUUGCACUUUGCUGCUGCAUCAACACAUGGAGCAUUGUGUUUAGAGCUUCUAGUAGGCAAUGGGGCCGAUGUCAAUAUGAAGAGCAAGGAUGGGAAAACCCCACUGCACAUGACUGCCCUCCACGGUAGAUUCUCCAGAUCACAAACCAUUAUCCAGAGUGGAGCUGUAAUUGACUGUGAGGAUAAGAAUGGAAACACCCCUUUGCACAUAGCAGCAAGGUACGGCCAUGAGCUGCUAAUCAACACUCUUAUUACAAGUGGUGCUGACACUGCAAAGCGUGGCAUACAUGGAAUGUUCCCCCUCCAUUUGGCAGCCUUAAGUGGUUUUUCAGAUUGCUGCAGGAAACUUCUUUCUUCUGGAUUUGAUAUAGAUACCCCAGAUGAUUUUGGCAGGACCUGUCUACACGCAGCUGCAGCUGGAGGGAAUUUGGAGUGCCUAAACCUUCUGCUGAAUACCGGUGCAGACUUCAACAAAAAGGACAAAUUUGGGAGAUCUCCGCUGCACUAUGCUGCUGCCAACUGCAAUUACCAGUGCCUGUUUGCUCUUGUGGGAUCAGGAGCAAGUGUGAAUGACCUUGAUGAAAGAGGAUGCACACCCCUGCACUAUGCAGCCACAUCAGACACAGAUGGCAAGUGCCUGGAAUACUUAUUACGAAAUGAUGCAAAUCCAGGGAUCCGUGACAAGCAAGGAUACAAUGCAGUUCAUUAUUCAGCUGCUUAUGGUCACCGUCUAUGUCUUCAGCUGAUUGCAAGUGAAACUCCUUUAGAUGUUUUAAUGGAAACCUCCGGGACAGACAUGCUGAGUGAUUCAGAUAACAGAGCAACAAUAAGCCCCUUACAUCUGGCCGCCUAUCAUGGUCACCAUCAAGCACUAGAAGUGUUGGUACAGUCUUUGUUAGAUCUUGAUGUGAGAAAUAGUAGUGGAAGAACACCCUUAGAUCUUGCAGCAUUUAAGGGCCAUGUUGAAUGUGUGGAUGUACUCAUUAAUCAGGGAGCCUCAAUUUUAGUAAAAGACUACAUUUUGAAGAGAACACCUAUACAUGCUGCAGCAACAAACGGUCAUUCAGAGUGCUUGCGGCUACUAAUAGGAAAUGCAGAACCGCAGAAUGCAGUAGACAUUCAAGAUGGAAAUGGACAGACUCCUCUGAUGCUGUCUGUUCUCAAUGGGCACACGGACUGUGUUUACUCACUGCUGAACAAAGGAGCAAAUGUAGAUGCCAAAGAUAAAUGGGGAAGGACAGCAUUGCAUAGAGGGGCAGUUACAGGCCACGAAGAAUGUGUAGAUGCAUUACUUCAACAUGGUGCUAAGUGCUUAUUUCGAGAUAGCAGGGGCCGGACACCUAUACACUUGUCAGCUGCCUGUGGACACAUUGGUGUUCUUGGAGCCCUUUUGCAGUCAGCAGCAUCCGUGGAUGCAAAUCCAGCCAUAGCAGACAAUCAUGGAUAUACAGCACUUCACUGGGCCUGCUACAACGGUCAUGAGACAUGUGUAGAACUUCUUUUAGAACAGGAAGUUUUCCAGAAAAUGGAAGGAAAUGCUUUCAGUCCUUUGCAUUGUGCUGUGAUAAAUGACAACGAAGGUGCUGCUGAAAUGUUAAUUGAUACUUUAGGUGCCAGCAUCGUGAACGCCACAGAUUCAAAAGGAAGAACCCCUCUCCAUGCGGCCGCCUUCACAGACCACAUAGAGUGUUUACAGCUGCUGCUCAGCCAUAAUGCUCAAGUCAAUUCUAUAGACUCUUCUGGGAAAACACCUCUCAUGAUGGCUGCAGAAAAUGGACAGACAAAUACAGUUGAGAUGCUGGUUAGCAGUGCUAGUGCAGAUCUGACUUUACAAGAUAACAGUAAAAACACCGCCCUCCAUUUGGCUUGCAGCAAGGGUCAUGAAACUAGUGCCUUGUUAAUACUGGAAAAGAUAACAGAUAGAAACCUCAUCAAUGCAACCAAUGCAGCCUUGCAAACACCUCUGCAUGUUGCUGCCCGAAAUGGGCUGACAAUGGUGGUUCAGGAACUUUUGGGGAAAGGAGCAAGUGUGCUUGCAGUAGAUGAAAAUGGCUAUACCCCAGCUUUGGCCUGUGCUCCCAAUAAGGAUGUGGCUGAUUGCCUAGCUCUCAUUUUGGCCACCAUGAUGCCUGUCUCAUCAAGUAGCCCUUUAUCAUCCCUGACUUUCAGUGCCAUUAACCGUUACACCAACACCUCAAAAACAGUCAGCUUUGAAGCCUUGCCCAUCAUGAGGAAUGAACCUAGCUCCUAUUGCAGUUUCAACAACAUUGGCGGAGAACAGGAGUACUUAUACACCGACGUGGACGAGCUCAAUGACUCUGAUUCCGAGACCUACUAAGAGGCUGAGCCAGGGGUCUGAGUGAGGAGUUCUGACACUAACGCUUCAGCUUGUGCUUUUUCAGGAAAAAGGCACUUUCUUAUUCACGUACAAAUUCAACCUAAGAGGAAAGAUCGCAGAGUGAGCAAAUAUGAGAAAUGUGAUGACAUUAGGAAGAAGAGUUUUAAAGGCAAGUUUUACAAAAGGAACUUCUAGAAUCUUGAAAUAGACUUGACCAGAGGAAAACACUUUGAUGUCAAAUUACUUUGUGGAAUUGUUUGAUUUGGUUUUGCAGUGCCAGGAAUAAUUUGGGACACUGUGCACCCUAAUCUGCUUACACAAGCGACACUAUUGUAAAAGAAGAGAUAAGGACACUAGAUUUAAAUUUUACCAGUAAAACUACAACUAAAUUAAGGGCAAUAAAAGUUUGGUACAGUAGGCAUUAUGUGCACAGCAAAUUGCCAAAGGACCAAGUAACUUAAAAGUUUUUUAAUAGAAUGCCAUUUUGUGGAAAUCAGAAUAGGUGAAAUGAGACAUUAUCUAAACCAAACUUAAAUAUUUCUGAAAAUGGAGCUGAGAUUUGGUUUUAAAUGUUGGUUUUUUUUUUUAAAGAAAACAUCUGAAAGCCUUCGAAUACUGUAUUAAACCAUGAGAGAAAGCAGAUGUAUUUUUACAUUUUUUCUUUUACAUAAAAAUUUAAAAAUUCCAACUUUUAUAAUAUUAGAAUUAAAAACCAGCUGGCUGAGUGCAGUCAGGGUGAAAAUACUUGUGAUGUAGACGUGAGAUAGAUUGGGGUCAGGCCGUCGUUGCCGUUUUGAAUGGUUUAGGUUUAAAAUUGAACUAUUUUUGUUUGAAAAUGUAAAGAAUUUCCUAGAAGAAGAAAAUUUCAUGAAAUCAAAAAAUAGAUUAUUUUCACCCUAUUGCAGCUAAGUGGUCCUGGGGAGUGGAGUUUUUGACCUCACUACUUUGGAUGGUACACCUUCAUCACUUAUGUUACUUUUGUGCCUCCACAAUGGACUGGGGGAUUUUUGUUUUCACUGUUUAGUGAAUAAUCAAAAAGAAAAAAAUCCCUUGUUAUUGAUAGGUUAACAUCAUCAGGUCUCUUGGAAGGCAUUUCUAUAUUGGGUCCUAUUCAGAUUUAAACAUGCUACUACUUGGGGAAAGAAGCAAUUGCCUGCCGAAUUAGAAGACUGCCUUUCAAAUAACAGAGAGAGAAAGGCUGAUGUUUAGGCUUUUAAAUAACAAUUUGUAUGGUUCUGCUUUUACUGUAACUCUCACUUUCCCAGCAAGAAUGAUUUCACAUAUGUAGGGGGUCUUACAGAUCUGGGUAAAGUUCCAUAAAUUUUCACAAAAUGAUACCCAAUUUCAUUUUACCCUUUUUGUAUUGUGAAACUGGAAACUUUAUGACAUUGUAAAUUUCAGCUGGUUUUUCUGAAUAUAAAGUGUGAAAACACAGAACAGUAUUUUGAUCUAUUUGAUAAUUUUGUGGGGUUUUUGAAGAAUUAAUGAGCAUGUACAUAGAAAUAGUGACUGCUUGAAUACUGUAUUUACUUGCACUCUUUCAGUACAUCAAGAUUCCUGUAUAUUUUAGGGUAUAAUAAAACACAGAUGUGAGUUGUAUUUAAUGAAUAAUGUAUUUGUAUCUGUGCAUAUUACCUAAAAAUCUAUAAAGUUUCUAGGGCAUUGACUACUAGAUUUUAAGCAUUUUUUUCUAAAAUAUUUACAGAAAUUAUAAAUGUAAUCCUCCAUCUUUUCUUUGUAAUAUAAAGGAGUCAUAAUGGACCCUUCCUAAAUUAUUAGUGGUAGGAAGGUGAAUUUGCAUUUUAAAGACAGUGGACUACAUUUUCUAUUGUACCUUUUGAAAAGAAAAAAAAAGAGGAUUCUAAAAGUA